CAUUUGUUUUACGUUUCGUUCAGUAAUAUUUUACACAUAGCUGUAAUCUAGGGAUGUCAAAAAAGUUUUAACUAUCUCAUGAAAACCACUUUGAGACCUAGGUAACCAUUAUUAUUUGUUAUCUAAUUUUUUUAAUUGUGAAUAGUAAAAUUAUCAAGUUGAAUUUUCAUAACCCCCAAAAUCAAUGUUUUUACUUCAAAAAAUGUUUGCGUCUAGUAUUUUUAUUUCAAGUUGGUAACCAGAAUCAGCAAGGAUGUUUUAUCAACCAUUACUGAGAAAAAGUACAUGGCUCAAAAGCCUUGGACUAAUAAACAAGUCUAAAUUUGGCACUUCUAGUAUUGCGUCAAACAUUCAAACUUCUCUGAAAGAUAAUGGUAUCAAGAGUAGCAGUUCAAUUGAUUUGAAGGAAGGACAAGUCCUCAGUGGGUUUAUGGUUGAUCAGAUCACUCCGAUCAAGGAGAUGUACUUGACAGCAAUAAAAUUGACUCAUUUGAACACCGGAGCCCAAUACUUGCAUCUUGAUCGUGACGACAGCAACAAUGUGUUCUCAAUUGGCUUUAGAACGACUCCGAUGGAUUCCACAGGCUUGCCUCAUAUACUCGAACAUAUGGCUCUCUGCGGGAGCGACAGAUAUCCAUGUCGGGACCCUUUUUUCAAAAUGUUGAGGAGGUCUCUGGCAACAUUUAUGAAUGCCAUGACUGCGCCUGAUUACACCUUUUACCCUUUCUCAACGCAAAAUUUACGAGAUUUUAGAAAUUUACAGUCUGUUUAUUUGGACAGUGUUUUCAGACCACAACUACGGGAACUUGACUUUUUCCAAGAAGGUUGGAGAAUGGAACAUACAGAUCCAAAUGAUAAAAAGUCUCCUAUAAUAUUUAAGGGGGUCGUAUACAACGAGAUGAAGGGAGUUUUCAAUAGUAAUCAAAACAUCUUUGUCACACGAUUGUUGAAUUCACUAUUACCCAGUCACACGUAUGGUGUAAUAUCUGGUGGUGAUCCCUUGGAAAUUCCCAAAUUGAACUACGAAGAUCUGGUCCAUUUUCAUGCUACACACUAUCAUCCAUCCAAUGCUAGAUUUUAUUCUUAUGGCAAUUUCCCACUGAAAGAUCAUUUGAAGUUCAUCAAUGAUAACUAUUUAUUUUUAGCUGAUAAAAUUAAUACUUCAAAGACAAAAGUACCUUCAGAAAGUAGGUGGAGUGCACCUAAAAAAGAGCACAUUUUGUGCAGACCUGAUCCACUGAUAGCUGAUUCAAAUAGACAGAACGCUAUAGCAAUAGCUAGUCUCUGUAACGACAUCACCAAUAUUCAAGAAGGCUAUGACGUCUAUAUUUUGGCCCAGUUAUUAUUGGAUGGGCCUAAUUCUGCGUUUUACAAAAGUUUGGUAGACACCAAUAUUGGCACUGGUUUUGGCCCGAUGACUGGAUAUGAAUCACAAGUCAAGGAUACCAUAUUCAUAGUGAGCUUGCAAGGUGUCCAAGAGUGUGAUUUUGAAAAGGUUGAAAGGAUAUAUAACGAAACUGUUGCUAAAGUAAUUGAAGAUGGAUUUCAGAGGGAUCACAUAGAAGCCGUCCUCCAUCGCAUCGAGCUGCAAGUGAAACAUCAAACGUCAAACUUUGGCUUGAAUUUGCUGUACAAUGUCAUGCCACUGUGGAAUCAUGAUGCCGACAUUAUGGAUUCGCUCAAGAUCAACAAAGCCAUUCAAAAUUUUAAAGAUAGAAUCCAAAGAGAUCCAAAUUACUUGAGUUCUUUGAUUGAAAAGUACUUAUUGAAUAACAGUCACAAGCUCACCAUGACCAUGUCACCCAGUCAAAAUUUCGAGAAGCAACUCGUUGAAGCUGAAAACGCUCUGCUGGAGUCUAAACUGAAAAAUCUAACUCCAGAGCAGCUAGAUGGAAUCUUUAAAAAUGGCCAAGCCCUGCUAAUCGAUCAACAGAAAGAAGAAAACGUUGACUCCCUACCGGGUCUCAAAAUCGAAGAUCUCAAGGAAGAUGUCGACCGAUACGAUUUAGUCGACACUCAAGUUUGCAAUGUACCCGUGCAAGUGGCAGUACAGCCCACAAACGGCGUGUGCUACUAUCGUGGCCUCAUAAACACGCAACACCUGUCACCAGAUUUAAAGAACGUACUACCGAUUUUUAACGACGUGGUAACGAAAAUGGGCACCCAAAGAUACGAUUACCGCGACUGGGACAAACUGAUGCAGCUAAAAACUGGUGGACUGUCAUUCUCGAAUCACGCGAUGGAGCACAAGGUGGACAACAACAGGUACGAAGAAGGUAUCGCCAUCAAUUCCUACUGUCUCGAGCACAAUGCCGAAGAAAUGUGGAAACUAUGGGAGGAGCUGUUUAACAGAGUCGAGCUCACCGAUCUCCAGAGGUUCGAGACCCUGGUGAAGAUGGCGGCGGCAGACGUGACCAACCGCAUAGCGAAUUCGGGCCACCUGUACUCCAUGAGCUCGGCUGCCAGUCUCGUAUCGCCCAUUGGAAGGUACAAGGAGAACCUCUCAGGCAUGGAAUUUGUCAACAGAAUAAAACAUAUAGCCCAGAUGAAGGACUUGUCUCUGGUGCUCGAGCAAGUGCAAGAGAUCGCCAAACAAGUCCUAACGAAUCCGAGUCUGAGAUCGGCCAUCAACUCGACCGGCGAGUCGAUGAACGACAUCCUCAAGAAUCUGGAGUUAUUUUACGAUGCGUUGGAUAAAAUCGACGGCCAGCAGAACCGAAUUUUCACGAGCUGCGCGCCCAUGGAGAUGACGAACAAAGCUGUGCACCACGUACUCCCCUACGCCGUGAAUUACGCAUCGAAAGUCGUCUCGACUGUGCCGUACAGCCAUCCGGAUCACGCGCCGCUUCAAGUACUCUCGAAACUGAUAUCGUCGAGCUACCUGCACCCCGAGAUACGAGAAAAGGGAGGUGCUUAUGGCGGAGGCUCGACGUUGGGAGCGGACGGCACGUUCUACUUUUACUCGUACCGAGACCCGGGCUCCACACGCACGCUCGACAUUUUCGACGGGACUUGGGACUUUUUGGCCAAGACCGACAUCACCGAGGAGAAACUCGUCGAGGCCAAGCUGCAGAUAUUCCAGAAACUCGAUGCCCCGGUGGCACCGGGCAACCGAGGCAUGAACAGGUUUUUUAAUGAUUUGAGCUUUGACGACGUGCAGAGCCUCAGGGAGCGACUGAGGGCAGUUAACGGGGAACAGCUGCUCGACGUGGCCAAGAGGUACUUGAGUCCGGACGCGAAGAACGUGAAGAUUGGCAGAGCUUUGAUCGGUCCUCGGAAUGCCGAUUUGAAGUCGAGGAGCUCGGAAAAUUGGGAGAUCUUGGAGCAGGAGGAGCAGUGCCAGGCGCAAGCGAUUUAACGAUAUUAUUACUUUGUCCCUAAACAAACUUUUGUUACCGUUGUUGUUGGUUUAUUCGCGAAAUUGCGCUAUAAAAAAUUUCAGGUGUCCUAAGUGUACAAUGUUAAGCGAAGCUUUCAUGAAACGUGUAAAAAGUAUUAUUAUUCUUUUUUUUAAAUAAAUCUAGCUUUUAUGUUUUCGAA